CCCACCUCCCCGCACAUCUCUGUUUUGAUCCCUUCCCAGCUGGGCGGUGGCUGCCAUGGCAACUGCUGAAUCAUCCUCCCCAGUCAGCGGCGGUCCUCUAAUUCCAUUUUGGUUAGUAAGGCCUUGCAUCAUCCGGGAAUAUUAAUCUUGAUCCUUCCAUUAGCUUUAUUAGCUUUCGAACAACAGGGGGUAGGGCCGUUUAGUCUUGGGAAGUGAGGAAGCACAAGCAGCAGGCCUUCGAAUGGGAAACCUACCCACGUCGGUGAAACACUGCCUGAGCUAUGACCAACUCAUCCAGGACUAUCCGUGGCUGAGACGUUGGCUGCUGGAGGAGGCAGAGACUGCUUCUGAGUAUCCAGAGAGUGUGAAAAUAGUUGAAGUUGGGCCCAGAGAUGGACUCCAAAAUGAAAAGGAAAUUCUUCCGACAGGAGUUAAAAUCCAGCUGAUAGACAUGCUGUCGGGAUCAGGCCUGCGUGUGAUCGAAGCCACCAGUUUCGUCUCCUCAAAGUGGGUACCGCAGAUGGCCGACCACACUGAGGUUCUCACAGGAAUCAAGAGAGCACCUCAUGUUCAGUACCCGGUAUUAACACCAAACAUGCAAGGCUUUCAGGACGCUGUUGCAGCCGGCGUUACUGAAGUGGCAGUGUUUGGCUCCGCGUCUGAGACCUUCAGCUUGAAAAACAUAAAUUGCUCUAUUGAUGAAAGCAUGCGGAGGUUUGACGAGGUUGUCAAGGGUGCCAAAGCAAAAAUGAUUCCAGUCCGUGGGUACGUUUCCUGUGCCCUUGGAUGCCCGUACGAAGGACAGAUUGAUCCAUCCAAAGUUGCCGAGGUAGCCAAGAGAUUGUAUGAGAUGGGAUGCUACGAGGUCUCCCUGGGGGACACCAUUGGCGUGGGCACUCCAGGUUCCAUGCGUAAAAUGCUGCAGUGUGUCAUGAAGGAGGUUCCGGCCAGUGUUCUUGCAGUUCACUGCCAUGACACAUACGGCCAAGCCUUGCCAAACAUCCUCACCGCACUUCAGAUGGGAGUGUGUGUGGUGGACUCGGCAGUGGCCGGCCUGGGUGGUUGCCCGUACGCUCAGGGUUCAUCUGGCAAUGUGUCAACAGAGGAUGUUCUCUACAUGCUCCAUGGCAUGGGCAUCCACACUGGGGUAAACCUGGCCAAAGUCCUGGAGGCAGGCGACUUCAUCUGUACUGCUUUGCAGCGCAAGACAAACUCCAAAGUUGCUCAGGCAAGAAGCGGGAUGCCGCGAUCUUGA